GUAAAAUAAGGAAACCUAAGCAAAAUCCCCUCCUACUUCUAAUACAAAAGAAAAACACAAAACCGUACCCAGCCAAGCAAUAAAUAUCCCAAUCCCAACCUAGUCCCCAUAUAUCGCUCCGUUCUCUCCGCAAUCGUUUUUUUCUGUUUUCAUCAUCGUCUUCUUCCUCUCAGAUCAAACCCACAGAGCAAUCGAAGGACGAAGAAGAUGUCUCACCCAGCCGAAUCCUCCGAAUCUAAAGGAGGGGCUAAGAGGGACUUCUCCACGGCAAUCUUGGAGAGGAAGAAAUCGCCCAAUCGGCUCAUCGUCGAUGAGGCCGUCAACGACGACAAUUCCGUCGUCGCCAUGCACCCCAACACCAUGGAGAAGCUGCAGCUUUUCCGAGGCGACACGAUCCUCAUCAAGGGAAAAAAACGGAAGGACACAGUCUGCAUUGCCCUUGCUGAUGAAACAUGUGAAGAGCCGAAGAUCAGAAUGAACAAGGUUGUCAGGUCAAACCUGAGGGUUAGGCUUGCUGAUGUUGUAUCUGUGCACCAGUGCCCAGAUGUUAAGUAUGGGAAACGUGUCCACAUACUGCCACUGGAUGAUACCAUUGAAGGCAUCACAGGGGAUCUGUUUGAUGCCUACCUGAAACCUUAUUUUAUGGAGGCAUACCGCCCAGUGAGGAAAGGAGACAAUUUCCUCGUGAGAGGAGGGAUGAGGAGUGUAGAAUUCAAGGUCAUUGAGACUGACCCAGGAGAGUACUGCGUGGUUGCCCCAGACACGGAGAUCUUUUGUGAGGGGGAGCCCGUGCGAAGGGAAGAUGAGGAUAGGUUGGAUGAGGUUGGCUAUGAUGAUGUAGGUGGUGUUAGGAAGCAGAUGGCUCAGAUUCGUGAAUUGGUGGAGUUGCCAUUACGUCAUCCGCAACUUUUCAAAUCUAUCGGUGUAAAACCACCCAAAGGCAUUUUACUAUACGGACCCCCUGGCUCCGGGAAGACAUUGAUAGCCAGGGCUGUCGCUAACGAGACUGGUGCUUUCUUCUUCUGUAUAAAUGGACCGGAAAUUAUGUCCAAAUUAGCUGGAGAGAGUGAAAGCAAUCUUAGAAAGGCGUUUGAGGAGGCUGAGAAAAAUGCCCCAUCUAUCAUUUUCAUUGAUGAGAUUGAUUCAAUUGCUCCAAAGAGAGAGAAGACGAAUGGUGAAGUUGAAAGGAGGAUUGUUUCGCAGUUGUUGACCCUUAUGGAUGGACUGAAGUCUCGGGCCCAUGUUAUUGUGAUGGGGGCCACAAAUCGUCCGAACAGCAUUGAUCCUGCUUUGAGAAGGUUUGGUAGGUUUGAUAGGGAGAUAGACAUUGGUGUUCCUGAUGAAGUUGGGCGCCUUGAAGUUCUUCGCAUUCAUACCAAGAACAUGAAGCUCUCAGAAGAUGUCGACUUGGAAAAAAUAGCUAAAGAUACUCAUGGCUACGUUGGUGCUGAUCUCGCUGCUCUUUGCACUGAAGCUGCACUACAGUGCAUCAGAGAAAAGAUGGAUGUCAUUGAUUUGGAAGAUGAUUCUAUCGACGCUGAGAUACUGAAUUCCAUGGCAGUAUCUAAUGAGCAUUUCCAUACUGCUCUUGGAACAAGCAACCCAUCUGCUUUGCGUGAAACGGUUGUCGAGGUGCCAAAUGUCAGCUGGGAGGACGUUGGAGGGCUUGAAAAUGUCAAGCGGGAGCUUCAAGAGACUGUGCAAUAUCCCGUGGAGCAUCCCGAGAAGUUCGAGAAAUUCGGCAUGUCACCUUCAAAAGGAGUUCUUUUCUAUGGUCCACCUGGAUGUGGGAAAACUUUACUUGCUAAGGCAAUUGCUAAUGAAUGUCAAGCCAAUUUCAUUAGUAUUAAGGGACCUGAACUUCUUACCAUGUGGUUUGGUGAGAGUGAAGCCAAUGUUCGAGAAAUUUUUGACAAGGCUAGACAAUCCGCACCUUGUGUCCUCUUCUUUGAUGAGCUUGACUCUAUUGCUACUCAGAGGGGAAGCAGUGUUGGAGAUGCAGGUGGCGCGGCUGAUCGAGUUCUGAACCAACUCUUGACUGAAAUGGAUGGCAUGUCUGCAAAAAAGACUGUUUUUAUAAUUGGGGCCACUAACAGGCCCGAUAUCAUUGACCCAGCACUCCUUCGGCCUGGCCGUCUUGAUCAGCUAAUUUAUAUUCCUCUGCCAGAUGAAGAGUCACGCCUUCAGAUUUUCAAGGCAUGCCUUAGAAAAUCACCUAUCUCCAAGGAAGUUGAUUUGAGAGCCCUUGCCAAAUACACUCAGGGUUUUAGUGGAGCCGAUAUCACAGAAAUAUGCCAGCGCUCGUGCAAGUAUGCCAUUAGAGAGAACAUCGAGAAAGACAUAGAGAAGGAGCGGAGAAGGGGGGAGAAUCCUGACUCCAUGGACGAGGAUGUUGACGACGAGGUGGCAGAGAUUAAGGCUGCCCAUUUCGAGGAGUCGAUGAAAUACGCCCGUAGGAGUGUGAGCGAUGCUGACAUACGCAAAUACCAGGCCUUUGCCCAGACCUUGCAGCAGUCUCGUGGUUUUGGAUCUGAAUUCAGGUUUUCCGAGACAGCAGGAACUGGAGGAGCUUCUGGAACUGACCCCUUUGCGACUUCUGCUGCUGGGGCCGACGAAGAUGACCUUUAUGGUUAGGAUAUAUCCUGCUCUUAUUUAUUCAAGGAUGGUUUAAUGUCUUGCUUUGUUCGCUACUCAUGGAUGGUGCAUGGAGCGGACAAUCACUUUAUCGAAGACGUUUAUAUUAAUUGGGGGGUGGUUCUGGCUGAACUUUCUGUUUCCAGCUUCACUUGUAUUUUGUUAUUUGAUGGUAAUACUAGUAUUAUUUAUGGAUGGAUGGAUUCUUUA